AUGCCAGCGGCCACAGUGAAGCCUAGUCCGGAGGACAUGGUGGCGGAGGGGGGAGGCGAAGGAGUGUCCCAGUGGGACGCCUCACCGCCGGAGCGGGACAGGCUGUCUCUACCCUCUCUGAAGGUCCCCAGGGAGCUGCUGCGGAGCUUCCCACACUCCAAACGGGUGGGAUCCUACCUAGUGGGCAAAAUGAUCAACAAGGGCUCAUUCGCCAAAGUCAUGGAGGGGCUGCACAUUGGCACUGGAGAAAAGGUGGCCAUUAAGGUGAUUGAUAAGAAAAAAGCCAGACAGGACACGUACGUGCUGAAGAACAUGAAGAGAGAACCUCGUAUUCAUCAGAUGGUCCGACAUCCUCACAUCGUAGUGCUGCUGGAGACUCUGGAGACAGAGAACAGCUACUACAUGGCCAUGGAGCUGUGUGCAGGAGGAGACCUGAUGGACAGGAUCUGUGAGAGGAAGAGGCUGGAGGAGAGGGAGGUGCGACGCUACACCCGACAGAUCCUGUCUGCAGUGGAGCACCUGCACAAACACGGCAUCGUGCAUAGAGAUUUGAAGAUUGAAAACUUCUUGCUGGAUGAACAUAACAACAUAAAGAUUGUAGAUUUUGGCCUGAGUAACAUUCUGAAGGCAGAGUCGUUGUCUCUGGAGCUCCUCAACACCCAGUGUGGAAGUCCCGCCUACGCAGCCCCCGAGCUGCUCGCUCACAGGAAGUACGGACCCAAAGUGGACGUCUGGUCUGUAGGUGUGAGCAUGUUUGCCAUGCUGACGGGAACUUUGCCCUUUGCUGUCGAGCCGUUCAACAUCAAACAGCUUCACCAGAAGAUGGUGAACGGAGACAUCAGCAGCAUCCCCGGUGACGUCAGCAAAGGGGCCGUGACAUUCGUGCUGUCUCUGCUGGAGCCAGAUCCAACCAAGAGACCCAGUGUCAGAGCUGCGAUGGAGGAGCGAUGGAUCAACGAGGGAUAUGCCAAGAAACCACUGCACACACUCGCUCAUAAAAACAGAUUGUGUGCAGAGGAUCUCAACCCGUCUGUGUUGGCUUACAUGACGGAGACGCUGGGCCACUCCCACUCUGAAAUCAUCCACACGCUCACCAGCAACCGACCAUCCGCCAUCAUGGCCUCGUAUCAUCUGCUGCUCAACAAGCUCUACAGGAACCAGAGAGGAGCCAAAGCCAGCAAGAAGCUGCAGACCAAUGACUGGAGUCUUCCCAGUAAGAACACAUGGAGGGAGAAGAACAACACAGAAUCAAAGACUCACCAACAGAAUGAACCAACCAGUGAAAAGUCGAAGCACUCCAGCCGACCUCUGAGGGCCCAACAGGCGACUGAAUAUCAGAGCAGCAGGAGGAAGACUGAGGACCUUCACCGGAAGACCAACAGAGGCGAUGAUGAGAACCGCCCCCCUUCUCCCUCUCUGCCCCAGCUAGCUCGCUCUGCCUCCCCCUCGAUGCCCCCUCGCCUUCCCUCUCUCUCUCCCGCCCCCGAGGAGAUCGCUAUUACCGUAGACACAAGAGAGACAGUGUUUCCUGAGGUGUCUGUGUUUAGAGAAAGGGAACUCGUCCAUCUCUCUCCCCCUGAAAGCUCUGCAUCUCAACUCUGCGACUCUGCCCCCUGCCAAGUCCCCCUCCCCGUUGAGCCAAUCAGAGACAGCAGCCCGGUGAGACCUAUCCGACACACACUCCUGCUCAGGACAACUCGGUCUGACGGGGCAGCAGACCCUGGGUCGGAUUGCUUCCACGACAAACGCCUCCAGGAUGACCACUCUCAUCACCUGAGCAUCAACGAGCGACUGGAGAAGCUGCAGACGUUUUAUACGUCAGAGAAGAAUGGCGUCUCCCCCAGGAGGCUUCUGGAGGCCGACCCGCCAACACACUCCUCAGACAGAGUCCCCCUGGGCUUCAUGGAAACAUCCCAGACGUCUCCCUCCGCCCCCCUGCCACGCUUGCGCAAUGUGGGGCUAAAGGACGCAAGAGGCAGGAAGAUGACGUGGGUGGGGUUGACGCGACCUGGACCCCCAGGACUCCUGGUCAAUGGGUCUAAACCCCCCGCCUUCCCCUCGCAGAGACAACACGCUCUUGUCAUCAAGAGCCUGAGACAGGAGAGGGGGAAGAGGAGGGACCUGUUGGCAGCAGGAGGAGAGAGAGGGACGGCAGGAGGAGUGAUGAGUGGAGCACAGAGGAACUCGGUUCAGUUACGGCCGUCCCUCCAGCGUCGGGUGGCUGACCUGAACCUGCCGCUGCUGCCUGCUUCCCUGCAGGGGAAAAGUGACAAGAAGAGCCAGCUACACAGUAUGAACUACUGA